CAACAUUGAACUUUUCGGCUUGAUUUUUAAAAUAAAGAACAGAUUCUCAUUUGACUCUGAGAAUGAAUAAACUCAAGAUUGUAGGGGAAAAGCAAGAUAAGAUGGUGCAUUUUUACCGUCCGUGUGUAGAGAACACUCGAGCAAUUUGAAAGAAGCUAGUUUCUUUUGGUUGACUGUUGUUGUUGAGCAAAGAUGUGAUGAAAAUCAUAAAACCAUAACUUCAGAACCGGGUCGGGUUGCGUUAUGUUGUCCGGGUUUAGGUCUCAUUUUGUCACAGAACUACAAAACGACAACGUUUGAAGCAACUCUUUAGAAAAAAAAGACUCGGAAGCUCAGAGAGAAGAGAGCAGAGAAGAAGAGAAAGCCAUAAGAAGAAAUGAUGGAGGAAGGUCCACCAGCUCCGAAGAUCCUAAGAAUGGUCUACUUCGUCGGCGCCGGAUUUCUAUGUACUUUCGCGAUCAAUAAAUGGCGUGAGAUGGAGAGAAACGCGAUUCUGAAGCAGGAGGAGCAAAAGAAUCAACAACAAGGCGGUGUAGGUUUAUUGCAUCAAUCGCCUACAGAUUCGAUUCACAAAGCUAUGAAAUGAUCAUCGCUCGUCCUCCUUCUUUUCUUGUGAUUUUGUUUCUUGAUCUUGCGAUUUUGGUACUGUUGUUGACUUUAAAACUUUGGAUCUUUUUCACUCUCCAGUGGAAGAAAGAUUGAAAUUGCCUCUGUGUAUCUUGUUUUUUUUUUUUUUUUUUUUUUAAUGAACCCUAGAAAUCUGAUGGCUAAUACUCAUACACAGUGGUUUUUACUUAGUGCUCAAUGUAAUGAUUGUUAGCUUUUGUUA